GGUUUCGAGACUCCACAGCACAGUCCGCCUCCGAUCAGGAAAUAUUUGAGUUAUUAUUGUCGCGGCCCGUUACUGUCGAGCUCGUAUAAAUAUUAUACCACGCAUAUUAUAUUCAUCUAUGCAGAUCGGCCUGGGUCGAAACCACGUAGACAUGCUCCUGAAUGCUCUCGUCGUCAGCUUGUUCUCGGCGGUGACAGUUAUCCAACUUGCCAACUGUUUACCAACUCCUCGCGUUGAUUCAAAUUAUAUCAAUAAAAAUGAAUCGUUUAAUGAAAACAAUGGACUUAUGAUACCAUCAAAUAAUAUACCAUUCAAGAUUCAAGCAACGCUCAUUAAAAAUAGACCACCUGCCUAUGGUCCAUCCGAACCUUACUCCUCACCCUCACCUCUUACACAACAAACCUCGAAUACUCAUCCUACAUCAGCAACUAACUCUUCAAUGACAACAGCUCCUACAUCAGCAACUAGUCCUUCAAUGGAUACAGCUCCUACAUCAGCAACUAAUAAUCCAAUGGCAACAGCUCCUGCGUCAGCAACUAGUCCUUCAAUGGAUACAGCUCCUACAUCAGCAACUAACUCUUCAAUGACAACAGAUCCUACCGCGAUGACGACACAAAAACCACAUCAUUAUUGAAAGAUUACCAACUGCUGAACUAAUAUAUUGUUUGAUAAUAAUUAAAAAUAUUUAAAAAAAUGCAUAUGAAGCCAAAGUUAAAGGAUCUUAUUAUACUGACAUGAACGAGGUAUAAACGUUUAUAAUAAUUUGUGUUGAUGUUUACUUUAUUAAAAACUGUGUAAUAAAAUAGGUUUUUAUUUUAA